CUUUACAGACCAGCUUUCAGAGAAGCAUUGGCAGGCUGAGUCAGCAAGCUGUGCUUGCUCAUAGGACUUCCUUUGACAGUCAUGGACACUUGUGCCCAUCUCCGUUGGAGCUUGACCUACUCCACGACACAGUCCUAGUCCCAAAGUAGUCUGGGACAGGAUACAAGGGACGGUGGUGGUGGUGUCAUCCUCGAUCAGGCUGCCGGAAGGAGGGAUGGCAGGAAGAUGGGAAGGAUGGCUGUGAUUGAUUUCAGGACGACUGUGAAUGCACAAUGAAAAGACAACUAGGAGUCAGAUGGGUUCAAGACGCUGCCCAGGCCCAGGCCCUAGACCAUGCCCACGUACAGACUGUUCUCUCAUCAAGCCAUGGCUGGGCUGGCACUGCUCACAGCUCUCUGGUUCCUGAUAUAUCCUCUCCUGUCCUCCAGCAGGGCAAGGGGCCCUGGUAUGUGGUCUCUGAGUGAAACUUUCCAGCCCCAGUCUAAGCUCAUGGUCCUCAUCUGGCACUGGCCCUUUGACAAGUCCUUGCCUUUAGAUGGUGAUGUCUGUGCUCACUAUGGUGUGGCCAACUGCUGGCUCAGUGCCAACCAAAGCCUCCUCAGCCAGGCCAGCGUAGUUGUUUUCCACCACUAUGAACUCCAGAGUGGGGCCGUCAGGCUUCCUUUGGCCCAGCGGCCCCUUAGGCAGCCCUGGGUGUGGACCAACCUUGAGUCUCCAAGCAAUACUCACAGGCUUUCCCAUUACCAGAACAUUUUCAAUUGGGUCAUGACCUACCGGCGGGACUCAGACAUCUUUGUGCCUUAUGGAGAGCUGGUGCCCCGGGAUGGGCCUGCUCCCCCUGUGACAGCCAAGAACCGUACGGCCGCCUGGGUCAUCAGUAACUACCGGCAGACCCAGAAGCGUGUGCUGGUAUACAAGCAGUUGUCUAAACAUCUUCAGGUGGAUGUGUUUGGCCGUGCCAACAGGAAGCCACUCUGCCCUGACUGCCUCUUGCCUACCCUUGCUCCCUACCGAUUCUACCUGGCAUUUGAGAACUCUCAGCACCGGGACUACAUCACUGAAAAGUUAUGGAGAAAUUCUCUGGGGGCAGGGGUUGUGCCUGUGGUGCUGGGCCCUCCUCGCUCUACCUAUGAGGCAUUUCUGCCAGCUGAUGCCUUCAUCCAUGUGGAUGACUUCAGCUCGGCUCAGGAACUGGCCACCUUCUUGAAGAGCAUGAAUGCCAGUCAUUACCAACGCUUCUUUGCAUGGCGGGAGAGGCUAGCUGUGCGGCUCUACAGCGACUGGAGGGAGCGCUUCUGUGGCAUCUGUGCCCGCUAUCCCCACUUGCCACAGGACAAGAUCUAUGGAGACUUAGAGGCCUGGUUUAAAUCAUGACGAGUGAGGUUGACCUGGUUAGCUGCUGAAUUCUUCCCUGGCCAUAAAAUGAAAUGUAGGGCUGCCAUUUGGGACUGGAAGUCUGCCUCUAUAGUCUUUUCUUAUAUGCACCCCUGGAUCCCUGGGUACUCCUUGUGAGAUCAUGAGGAGAGAUAGAGGCUGGCCCUGUCCUCUUCUCUCUACCCUACUCCUUAUUCCUGUUCCUCUUCCCUGGAUAUUUCUGUUAA